AUGAAGAUUGUGAGAAACGAAACAGCUGCCGUUGCCUUUGUAACGUUCAAUCGUCCGCCUGAUGUACGUAGAGCCCUACAAAGAACUGGGGAAUUCAUCGGAGGCUAUAAGCUCACAAUCUCGAAAGUGGCUUCAGAAGAGGGGGUGACCGAUGUUAAGGAGGAGGACGAGGAAGAAAACGCAGUCAAUAGGGAUACUGAGGAGGCCAAAAUUCGCGAGGAACUUUUGGAGACAGGCAGGCUUUUUGUGAGAAAUUUGCCGUUCACCACAAAAGAAGAAGAUCUGCAUUUUCUAUUCAAAAAGUUUGGAGAAAUAGCAGAAAUUCAGGUGAUAAUUGACAAGAAAACUGGGAAGUGUAAAGGAUUUGCCAUAGUGGAGUUCGUGUUCCCAGAAUCUGCCGUCGCGGCUUAUGCUUCUGCGGAUGGGACGGUUUUCAAGGUUCGUUUUGCUUCUUGGUUUUUAUUGAAAUGGAAUGAUGUCCAUUUUAAGGGACGCAUGAUGCACAUUAUUCCGGGCUCAGAGAAGCGUGAGAAGAAAGAACCAGAAAUAUCUGGGUCGUCCGAGAAGACGUCCUACAAAAAGGAGAAAAUGUCCAAGUUAAAAGCUAAUGCAGCCAAGUCUCAUUCAUGGAACGCGUUGUUCCUUGGACCGAAUGCUAUUGCUGACACUUUAGCGGAAAAACUUGGAGUGGAAAAGGGUGACCUGCUGAAUUCGGAGAGUGGAGAAAGUGCUGGAGUCCGCCUAGCUUUGGCUGAAACCAGGCUGGUUCGUGAAACAAGAGAGUUUUUCUUGGCAAACGGAGUUUGCUUGGACGCGUUUUCUCGACCUGCGGCGAAAAGGAAGUAUAUAUCUGUGAGCAGUUUCCAAGAAAAUGUUAGAGAUCGUAAAGAUUUGCUUUGUAGCAAUACCGUCAUCAUUGCGAAAAAUCUACCGGCUGGUGUUCAAGCGGAAGAGUUACAGCGAAUGUUUGGGAAAUUUGGAGAAGUGGGCAAGGUUUUGAUGCCUCCAGAAGGAGGUAUCAGUGCAAUUGUCGUGAUGAGCAACGUUGUUGAUGCAAAGAAAGCCUUCCAAGCUUUGGCGUACUCUCGUUUCCGCACCCAACCUUUGUAUCUCGAGUGGGCUCCUGGCGAUGUUUUUGGUGAGAACUCGGCGGACAAUAAGGUUGCGGAGAUUGAACAAGCUGCUACUGAAAACAAUGAAGUAAAAUUGGAGAAAAAGAAGAAGAACAAACGCGAAAUGACGUACGAGGAGAAGAAAGCUGAAAAACGAAAACGACGUGGACUGGAUACGGAGGUUCAGGAGGAAAACGUUAAGGAAGUGCCAUCAACUUCGAAGGAGGACAAUGGUGAUGAGACAGUGAAAGCUGAGGAAGGAGCCAUUACUCCCGUACAAGAGCCCACCAAAGAUGAUGAAAAGAGCACAGAGGAGGAGAUUAUCGAGCCUGGUUCAACCGUUUUCGUCAAAAACCUCUCAUUCGACACAACUGAUGAGAGUCUUGAUAAGUUCUUCAGAAAGAAAUAUCGGAUCAAAGGUGUGCAGAUUUCGAAAAAGUUGAAUCCAGCGGAUCCAGCUAAAAGUCUAUCCAUGGGCUUUGGUUUUGUUCAGUUUUACACCCAGGAGGAAGCACUGCGAGCCAUCAAGGAAAUGCAGGGUGAACUUCUCAAUGGACAUAGCUUGGAGCUGAAGAUGUCACAUCGUGAGAUGAACGACAGCGACAAACUGAAGAGAAAGGCGGUUUCCGCUACGGAGCAGGGCACGUGCACGAAACUGCUUGUUCGGAAUAUACCAUUCCAAGCAAGUGUGAAAGAAAUUGAAAGCCUUUUCGCAUCGUUUGGAGAGAUAAAGAGCAUAAGAAUACCUAAGAAGCUUGGUAGUCGGGAUCAGCAUCGUGGUUUCGGAUUCGUGGACUUCAUAUCAAUAGGUGAAGCCAAACGGGCAUUCGAAGCGCUAGUUCAUUCAACUCACGUCUAUGGAAGAAGAUUGGUACUGGAGUGGGCGAAGAAUGAUGAUUCAGUGGAGGAGAUGCGCGAGAAGACAGCAGAGAAAUUCAGGUAUCACAGAAAUUCGACAUCAUUUUCUCAGAACUUAUAA